UUUCUGCUCCAGGCACUUCCGUUUCCACUGCUGAAGAUGAUGAUGAGGAACUGGUAUUUGCUGCAUCACAAUGUGAAGCACAGAUAAAUACAGAAUUAUGUCACAUCUUGCCUCAAGCUGGAUGUAUGCUUUGAGCGCAUUUCUUCGAAACCAGACCUGUUCUGGUCCGUCUCCAUCAGCGGAAACAGCAAAAGCACCAGGUCUUCCACAUCAUCCACCACCAGCUGAGCUUCCAGUUCACUGGAAAGAUCAUCUUCCACCUUUCCAGCAUGAGUGGAUACGGAACACACUAUUUAAGGCCAACCCGCGAACCGGCAAGCCAGAACUAGUGUCCCAACUGAAGCUUUGGUGGUAUCCUCCUCAGGUCCCUUUAAUUCACACUCAGCCGCCCGCCUCACCUGACCUCUUCUUCUGUCGGCCCCUUUUCUUAUGGAUGCCGCUCAAGAUGUGGCGAUUUCCUCUUGUCUGUGUUCGACCAGACUGUGAUAAGCACAAACUAACAGCCGCAGGACUUUACCGUACCGUGCGCAAAGUCUUGGACAUCGACGGUUGGUAUGAUCUUGCCACUGAGUAUCUGGAGUGCAAACGCUGCAAAAAGAAAUAUCCCGCCUGGUCCGAGGACAUUUUGGGGCAACUGGAUAUGGGCCACCGCAGUCAGUUUCCAGCUUUGCUGACAUACAGAUACUCAUGUGACAACCGGGUGCUGAGGAUGAUGAGGGAGAGGACACAGGGCAACAGCGUGACACAGCUGUACAAGAAGCUCAUGGAACAACACAGUGAGGCAUGGACACAGCGUGUCCUUCAGUACCUGACUGCCUGUGAACCAUUUACAAGGUCCUUCCUUGUGCAACCACCUGUGUUUGCGGAGCCUCCCUCUUUACCUGCCCUACCUAAACCUAAGUGGCUGUUAGCCGUGUACGCCAGGGAUGUUCUGGGGCGACUGCACGAGGUCAAAGCCAAAAUUACAUCUGUCUUGGGCUGUGUUCUGAAGAUGGACUCCACAAAGAAGGUCACAAAGAAACUUGCCGGUGCUGCUGCAGGAACAGCUGCCUGGUGCACAAAUGUAGGAAACGAACAUGGCCAAGUCCUUGUCUCUGUGCUGACAGCCGCAGAGGGACAUGGACUGCACCCUAUGGCAGCUGGCCUAAUGAAACGCUACCGAGAGGCAGGAGAGGCAGCCCCGAAAGUGAUGUACGUGGACAGAGAUUGCUGCAGUCUUCAUGGCAAGUCUCAGGUGAAUGUCAUGUUUUCGGAGUGGGAUGAGCUUGAAGUGCGCCUUGACAUCUGGCAUUUCAUGCGGCGAUUUGCUGCAGGUGUCACGACAGAGGCUCAUCCGCUCUAUGGGAUCUUCAUGGCACGUCUGUCCAUGUGCAUCUUUGAGUGGGAUCCAGAUGAUGUGGCUGCUCUUCACCGUGCAAAGGAGGGUGAGCUGGCAGCAAAGAAGGCUGGCCACAUCUCAGGAAAGGCGCUGAGUGCCCGCAUUACCCGGAGAGAGUUGGCACUGCACUGCCGGAGGAGGACCAGGGGUGUGGAGGAGACCACCAGAUUGAUUGGAUCUCUGGUUGAUCUGUUUGACAGUGCGAGUGGUAAAGACACUCUGGGAGUUCCUCUGCUGGACCAUGAACGGAUCCAGCAGAUUUGGAAAGAACAGCGUAAGCACGUACAGUGUAUCCAAGACCCUGAGAACUUUCCCCUCUACACGAAGACAGGGACACUGAAGAAAGGCGGUGUGGAACUGUGCUGCUACAGAUGUGCCCGUGGCUCUACCUCUUUGGAAUCAUUCCACCUCCACCUAAACCGUUUUAUUCCAGGAACCAGUGCCAGUGAUGCACAUUUUCAGGCUUAUCUUCUUGAGGGCUUGAUGCGCUGGAAUGAUGACAGGAUGGAAGAUGCCAUAAAAGGAGCGUCCUCCAUCCGGACAUAUGGCAGUGCCAUGAAAGAGGCUGUGGACAAGCUUUCCCGAACUGUCUUCGGAAAGCCCUGGGAUGAGCGCUAUCGCCCUCCUGGAGCAUAUACAGGUGAAUUGCUGGGAAUGGAGUACCUUUACAGCCAGACUGGCAAAACACUUACUCCAGUGCUCCAGAACCCAGAGGAGGAAGACAGGCUGGUGGAGGAAGUUGAUGAUCAGGACCUGCAAGAUGAGGGGUUUGAGGAAGAGAUCAUGGAGGACAUCACAGUUCCAGUGCUGUAUGAGGAUGACCCUUGCCGUGAUCUUGAAAACAGCCCCUCAUCUUUGCCUUUGCAUCAGUCCCCAGCAUCGAUGGCUGAUGUGUUACUGGCUGAGCCGUCCACAUCAUCAUCUCCUGGUGGAGAACGACAGCAUCUUGCCCCUUCCCAUUCAGUGCUGUCACAGCCAUCUGACACUGGAAGCAGUAUUUCCGACGAGGCUCAGGAUAGCGCUAUGACAGAUCAGAGCAACAAAGAAGGUGACGUAGUUACUGUAACCAGUCGGCAAAACUCCAAACACAUCUUUCUUGCUUAA